AUGACCACCGGCACCGCAUUCGCCGCACAGCUCCUGCAGUCGCGCGCGUACGUCAUGGCCCAUGAACACGUCCACAGACCACAGUGUGUAGCUGUUCAUUCGGUACGAACUCUAGACAGGUGUGUGGCCUGCACGCACGUACGUGCUCUGGCAGCUGGCCAUUGCGAUCUGUCAAUCGAUUCGAGCCGUCCCGGACGACGGUCUCCAUCGUCACUAGUGACAAGUCCCAGGAGUUACCAGGAGGCGACGAGUCGUGCGCUCAGGACGUUCUUCCAGACUGGAGAGAGGAUCGCACUUCCGGAAGAGGAGCCACCUAGGCCGGGGCCGACUCCAGUGUGCCCAUCGAGGGAAGCUUUCGCGGCCACAUACUACGCACGGACUCCGGGCACGGGAAGUUCGCGGAACCGACCCUCUCCUGAUUCGUCGCGCGAGGGCACACCGAUGCACCCCGGCCGCCAUUCUCCCGGUGCUUCAGGGUUUUCACCUGCUGGCGAUGGUUCAGGCCAUGGUUCUACCUCGGUCCACCGCGACAAAGGCCGGAUGCAUGAAUGGACGAGUACGGAACUUGGUUGGUUCCCCUGAUCUUGGGUCCCCCUUAGCUAGGUGUCAAGCGGGUGUGCGUUGAUCGUAAGUGCCAUGUGUUGACGAUGUAUGAUGAUCGUGUGUGCUACAUGCCACAUAUUUGUAUCACGAUGAUGUUGUUGCUACGUUUGAUAUGAUGACGAUGAUGAUUAUGUGCUGUGCAAUA